AUGGCGGGGGGCAGGGAGCCCGGCUCACGGACGCAGAGGCCGUGGUCGGUGUACCGGGCCAACACGUUCGAGCUCUCCAACGAGAUGAUCGGCCUGGCCCUCGCAGGAAAUAGUCAGGACCCAGACGAGCCCGUGCUGGAAUUCAGCGUAGUGUGCACAGACCUGGUGACGCCUGCUUUAGAUCGAAAACCCAACAGCUUUGUAGCAGUGAGCUGCACGACACCACCACAGGCCUUCUGGACCAAACACGCCCAGACGGAAGUCAUCGAGGGCACCAGUAACCCCAUCUUCCUCAGCAGCAUCGCAUUUUUCCAGGACUCCAACAUCAACCACCAGACGCAGGUCAAGCUGGCCGUCUACGAUGUGAAGGACCGCUCGCAGGGGACGAUGUACAUGCUUGGCUCGGCGCUUUUUCCUGUGAAGGAGCUGCUGCAGGAGAAGAGCCACAGACUCCCGCCCGAAUUACGAUCAGCGGAAAACGAGCGUGUGGGGAGCGUCUCCAUAUCGGCCUGGCAGAUGGAGGAGAAGGCAGAUCAGAGGAUGUCGGUCGGACGUUUGUCAGACAGCAUCAACGGCCGGACGGUGCUGCCCGUGGAUGAGAGCCUGACGGAGUCGAUGGGUGUCCGGAUCAAGUACGCCUCCCUGUGCAAAGAUAACCUGCUGCGUUCAGUGUUUGGAGGCACCAUGUCCAGGAUGUACCGCUUCCCCACCACGGAUGGGAAGCACCUGCGGGUGCUGGAGCAGAUGGCCGAGAGCGUCCUGUCGCUCAACAUUCCCCGACAGUUUGUCAAACUGCUGCUGGAGGAGGAUGCAGCCAGGGUGUGUGAGCUUGAGGAGCUGGGAGAGCUGUCCCCCUGUUGGGAGAACCUGCGGCGGCAGAUCGUCUCUCACUACCAGAACAUCAUCCUCGCAUACCAGGAAACCCUAUCUGACCUGACCGAGUACAGAGGUCCCUCAUUUAAAGCCAGUAACCUGAAGGCAGAGAGGAAGAUGGAGUUCAUGCCCACCAACCUCCACGUGCAGAGGAUGAGGGUUCAGGAUGAGCUGGGCUUCGGUCAGUCAGAGACAGAAAACAGGGUCGUAGUGGUGGUUUUCGUCUCUCUGACUCACGAGCUUACGCUUCCCUCUGCAGAGCACACGUAUGACGUGAUAACCAUCGGCGCCCCGGCUGCUCACUGCCAGGGUUUUAAAAAUGGCGGGUUGAGAAAGCUCAUCCAGAAGUUCGAGGAGGCAAAGAAACACAGUGCCCUUUCCAGCUCGCAAUCCAUCGUCUACAUACCUGAGGACAUAGUCCGAGCCAAAGAAAUCAUCGCCCACAUUAACACACUCAAGACUCAGACUCGUCAGUUGGUGACCGUGUGCGACUGCAAGCUGCUGGCUUCGGCCAUUCAGGCUUUGAACGCAGCGCGGCCGGACUACAUUGCCUCCAAAUCAUCACCUUCCGCCGACUCGGAGCAGGUCGUGCUCCGCAACGACCAGGACACGCUGCUCGCCAAGUGGAGCGGUCGCAACAGUCGGUCUUCCCUGCAUGUGGACUGGCACGAGGAGGAGUGGGAGAAGGUGUGGGUGAACGUGGACAAAUCUUUGGAGUGCAUCAUCGAGCGCGUGGACAAGCUGCUUCAGAAAGAGAGGAGGCCCAGCAACGGCAGUCAGGAAAGUUCCCAGAGUGACCUGCAGGGCGGCGGUAGUAAGAAAGAUGGAAGCCCCAGUGUGGAGGAGGCCUACCCAGGCGAGUGGAGCGAGGCGCUGUACCCGCUCCUCACCACGCUGACGGAGUGCGUGGCCAUGAUGAGCGACAAGGCCAAGAAGUCCAUGGUGUUCCUCCUGAUGCAGGACAGCGCCCCGACCAUCUCCAUGGACCUGUCGCUGCAGUACCGCCGCGACGUGGUCUUCUGCCAGACGCUCACCGCUCUCAUCUGUGGCUUCAUCAUCAAGUUGAGGAACUGUCUCCGUGACAACGGCUUCCUGCGGCAGCUCUACACCAUCGGCCUGCUGGCUCAGUCCGAGUCCCUGCUCAGCACCUACGGGGAAGAACUCGCCAUGUUGGAGGACAUGAGCGUCGGCAUCAUGGAUCUGCGGAACGUCACCUUUAAGGUAGCAAACGGGCCAUCAAAAGCCAGCCGACCGGGGACAGUCGGCGCCGUUUAUUCACGCCCCCGUCUCGUUUUUUUGGGGGCCGGGAAGGUCACGCAGGCCACGGGAAGCUCCGCCCCCGACAUGCUGCCCAUCAUCACGGGCAACAGGGACGGCUUCAACGUGCGCAUCCCGCUGCCGGGCACCAUGUUCGACGCCCUGCCGCGGGAGAUCCAGAGCGGCAUGCUGCUGAGGGUCCAGCCGGUCCACUUCAACGUGGGCAUCAACGAGCAGCAGACGCUGGCCGAGAAGUUCGGAGACACAUCCCUGCAGGAGAUCAUUAACACAGAGAGUCUGUCCAGACUGAACUCUUACUAUGAACAGUUCAAAGAAGUGCUGCCUGAGGACUGCCUCCCGAGGUCUCGCUCUCAGACUUGUCUUCCCGAGCUGCUGAGGUUUUUGGGGCAGAACGUCAGCGCCAGGAAGAACAAGAACGUGGACAUCCUGUGGCAGGCUGCCGAGAUCUGCCGGCGGCUCAACGGCGUUCGUUUCACCAGCUGCAAAAGCGCCAAAGACCGGACGGCCAUGUCGGUCACGCUGGAGCAGUGCCUGAUCCUGCAGCACGAGCACGGCAUGGCGCCCCAGGUCUUCACGCAGGCCCUGGACUGUAUGCGCAGCGUUGGGACGAGGGAAGGGGUGGUCCAGAAGAACCUGAGCGGCCUGCUGCCGGUGCGCGACUUGCGGCUGGACCCCAGCCUCAUGUACUCCCUGCCGCUGCUGGCCCUCAGUCCCAACCUCCUGAUGGUGUGGAUCUUCCUCAGCGUGGCGUACUUCCUGGCCAAACUGCGCUGCGGCUGA